AGCUAACGUUUUUUUUUUUUUAAUGUCGUCAUCUUUUUGCGACUACGCUUUCACAUCUUCAGGAAGUGAGUUCAACGGGUAAAGAAAAACUGGGGUAUUUAAAAUAUACGUCUUCAAUUUUCCUUUGGACCUUAAUUUGGAUCCUGUUUACUUUGAUAGCGAAGGCAUCUAUUGAUUUGCUAAGAAGAUAACUAUACGAUGUCGGGAAGCUUUUACUUUGUUAUGGUCGGUCAUCAUGACAAUCCUGUGUUUGAGAUGGAGUUUUUACCUACCGGGAAAUCUGAAUCAAAGGACGACCAUCGUCACCUCAACCAGUUCAUCGCACACGCUGCCCUAGACUUGGUGGACGAGAACAUGUGGCUGUCCAACAGCAUGUACCUAAAAACUGUGGACAAGUUCAACGAGUGGUUUGUCUCGGCCUUCGUCACAGCAGGACAAAUAAGAUUCAUCAUGCUGCACGACGUUCGACAAGAAGAUGGAAUCAAGAACUUUUUUAACGAUGUGUAUGAUUUAUACAUUAAGUUUGCAAUGAAUCCUUUCUAUGAAAUCAACGCCCCGAUUCGCUCGACUGCAUUUGAGCGAAAAGUCCAGUUUCUUGGAAAGAAACAUCUCCUAAGUUAAUCAUGCCACACCAAGAUCUGAACGUAUUCUUCUCAUUGUAUAUAUAAAAAUCUAAAAAUGCUUGUCUGUUCUUUUUCUGUAGCAUUAAAUAAAAAAUAUGGCUAAAAGAAA